GGCAAAAAUGUCGAUGUUCCAGACACUUGGUCUACAUCGCCUCCAGCUGCUGUUACUCCUACUUCUGGCAGGAUGCCUGGAGGAGGGAGUGGUGGCCGACGCCGCCGUCGGAAGAGAGCCACAGGAACAGCCUCACUUCCUACAUGAUCGCCUCACCCUUAACGUGUCCGUCCAGCUCGCCUCCACCGCCUACCUCCACUGUCAAGUGACCGGCCUCAAGGAUCAGUCGGUGUCGUGGUACAGGAGGAAAGGCGACGAGAUCCACCUCAUCACCUUUGGCUUCCAGACUUACCAUAAUGAUGACAGGUUCGCGUUGAUCUACGAGCAGCCAGAUGAUUGGCGGCUCAGGAUUCGUUACGUCCAGCACCGUGAUGAAGGCACCUACCAGUGCCAGGUGGCCACCCAUCCCCCCCUCAUACGGACCAUUCACCUGCAGGUAGUAGAGGCAGCGUUACAGAUCCUGGACGAGCGCGGGGUGGUGCUCAAGGAGAAGUUCUACCGUGCUGGCUCCACCAUAGAGUUACAGUGUCACGUGGCGGACGUGCCCACGGCCACCACCCUCCAGCUGGCCUGGUACCAUAACAACCACAGACUCAACUACGACGACUCCCGGGGCGGCGUCAGCGUCAAGACAGAGCUGAGAGGGACUUCGGCUCGGUCGUGGCUGAGAGUCAACAACGCUGUGACGCAAGACUCAGGUGUUUACUACUGUAAUGUGACCCACCUGGCGGCAACCAGCGUCACCAUACACGUGGUGCCAGACGAGUACCCGGCGGCCAUCCAGGGAGGAGCCAGAGUGUCAGCGUGGAGAGGCGGCGUCAUCCUGCUGCUGUGCUUCACGUCCACCUUCUUCCACUACCUCGCCUCCUCCUGCACCACCUUCUGCUACCGCUGCUUCUGCUGUCCACCAUACAGAUAAAACUACCCCACGUGUUGAAGCUGGCCACUCACCCUGGCCACGUGAGAGGGGGUGAUGUGAUAAUGGGGCCAUACGUUGUAAAUGGCACCUUAAACGGCCCGCAGUGGACUAAUACCCACUCGCCCCUGAAGGAUGCCAGGAACAGUCUACUACUCUAGACAGUAAGGGAUGACCCUGGGGAAGUUUAUAUUCAGGGUCUGGUGUAAGUAUAAGGAUUUACUAUACACAAGACCUUUUAGGGUGAAGAAAUAUUUUGUUCUUAUUCAGGGUAACGCAUCAGAAGCGGUUGUCUCUAUCAGGGUAUCAGAGGUAAACUCAUAUCUUAUAUUUGGUCAUAGUUAUCACCCAUGUUUAGCACCACAUAACAAAACAUCAUCCCAUUUACGUUCACAACAAACUAUCAUCCUACUUAAGAAAGCAAAAACUAUCAUCCUUUAGAGGGCUGGACGAGAGACUUCCUGCAGCCACAACACUAAAAGAAAUAUUUUCCCUGACCAAUGCAACAUGGAAGCGCUCAGCGGCUGGCAGACUGACGGUGCUCAAUAUUUCAGUCAUGUGCACAGCUUCGAUAAAAAGAGACUGUUUUAUCUACACGAGAGCAGAACCUACGAGUACCUCCUUCUAGUUCAUGUUGACAAAGCUCCACCGUCUUGUCAGUGCUCGGUAAGGACUCCGCCGUCUUGUCAGUGCUCGGUAAGGACUCCGCCGUCUUGUCAGUGCUCGGUAAGGACUCCGC